AUGUCGUCACGCACAGUUCCCAAAAUAGAAGGGUACACGAUCAAUGAAGCGAGCGCCGCCAAGAUCCGAAAGACAAUCGACGACGUAACCUCUUCAAAAGACAAAAUCCCCGGUUUCGUCUUCGUAGCCGUCAACAAAAAUGGCGACGAGAUCUUCUCCCACGCCUCCGGCAAACGAGGUGCGGAAACUAAAGAGCCGAUGACUCUCGACUCCGUCUUCUGGAUUGCAUCAUGCACGAAGAUGGUAGGUGGGAUUGCGUGCAUGCAGCUUGUUGAUCAAGGUAAAUUGAGUUUGGAUGAUGCGGAGCUGGUGGGGAAAUUGGCGCCGGAGUUGAAGAAGGCAAAGAUUUUGGAGGGGUUUGACGAGAAGGAUAGGCCGAUUUAUAAGGAGAAGAAAACUGGUAUUACGUUAAGGCAAUUGCUGAGCCAUACUUCUGGCUUGGGGUACACUUUCUUCAAUCCCGAGAUUAAGAAGGCUGGUCUUCCAAGAGGUAUCGAUGAGUUUUCUGGUCGAAUUGAGGACAUGGAACCUAUUUUGCUAUUCGAGCCUGGUGCCAAAUUCAACUAUGGCACUGGAAUCGACUGGGCAUGUGUUCUCGUCGAGCGAGCAACCGAACAAUCGCUUUCCGACUAUAUCAACAACAAUAUCUUCUCUCCCCUCGGCAUUAAGAAUAUGUCCUUCUUCCCACCACAAUCAAUGAAAGACAAUCUCGCACACAUGCACCAACGCUACCCAGACGGCCACAUCACCACACGAGAACACCUCCUACGCGGUCCCCUCUACGCCAACACCCCCUCCCAACAAAAGACCAUCUUCAACUCCGCUGGCGCAGGCCUCUUCGCCCAACCCCGCGAAUACGUCAAAAUCAUCGCCACCCUCCUCAACAAUGGCACCUCCCCAAAUACAGGAAAGCAAAUCCUCAAACCCGAAACAGUCGACGAGAUGUUCAGCAACCAAAUCCCAGACAUGCCGAAUUUCGGACGUGAUCCCAUCCAAGCUGCGACUCCUGAGCUCACGAACCCGAUUCCAGAGCUGUAUCCCCAGCCGAAGGAGCAGGAGCAGGGGUGGGGAUUGACGUUUAUGUUGACUAUUCAUCCGGGUGCGACGGGGAGGGGCCGCAAUACGGCGUGGUGGGCUGGACUGCCGAAUUUGUUUUGGUGGGCGGAUAGGGAGAAGGGGGUUGGUGGGAUGGUGGCGAGUCAAAUUGUACCGUUUGCUGAUGCGGAAGUUAUGGGACUUUGGGCGGGAGUGGAGAGUGCGAUUUACCAGGGUUAG